AUGUCUUCAUCCUCGGAUCAGCUUGCCAUCGACAUUGUCGAGCUGGUCGUGUCGUUGUCAGCGGCACAGUGGUUGGUGCUUGAUCCUCGACAUUGUCCUUGCCAUAUCAUGGUACCGUCGGUCUUGGGUGAACGGCACGUUGGAAGCUUCGAUCUUAUCGCAGCUAACUCUCGGCUGCUUUUCUCCAUGCAUCUGGUUCGCAUUUCUUCUCCACAAAUCGUCUUUCGUCGUACACGGCUCGUUCAUGGCGAUUCUUCACACGAGCAGGAAUCCAUUUCUCAUGUCCCGGGCUAUAGCCACGCACCCACACGAGUUUUUCUUUGUGGUACGAUCUCUUCCGUGCUUCAUGAUGACGAUUGA